UGAAAUCCACUGUCACCUCGUUUGAUUUGAACCACAUACCGCCCAUUUUGACGCGAAUUUUCAUGUUCAAAAAAGAAAAAGACAGAGGUUAAAACGAAAGUGUCACAUCCUAAAUUUCCUCAAAUCUUCCAUUCUAUUUUGAAUAUUUUGCAAUUUUUCAUACUUCAUAGUAUAGUAGUAUACUGACAAACGCCAGGUAAACAUAUUUUCUUUUUCUUGUUUCAUGGCCGAGCCGAAACGCCUGUACCAGGUUUGGAAAGGAAAAAAUAAAUUCUUCUUCAGUGGGAGGCUGAUAUUUGGGCCGGAUGCUAGGUCAUUGAUCAUUGCCUUAUUGCUUAUCCUCGUCCCUGUUGUCAUCUUUUGUACUCUUGUAGCACGGAACCUUCUUCAUGAAAUUCCAGCAUAUAAUGCAGGAUAUGCAAUUUUGGUUGUCACAAUUGUCUUCACUAUCUAUGUGUUAUUCCUCCUACUUUUGACCUCAUCUCGGGAUCCUGGCAUCGUACCCCGUAGUUCUCGUCCUCUAGAGGAUGAGUUUGGGUAUGAAUCUUCCGCUUCUGUCGAAGCUGGUGGAAGACUUUCACAAAGAGUGCAAUUGCCUCGCACUAGAGAAGUUUUUGUCAAUGGCCUUCCCGUGAGGGUUAAAUAUUGUGAAACAUGCAUGGUUUAUCGUCCUCCAAGAUGUUCCCAUUGCUCGGUUUGUGAUAAUUGCGUGGAGCGAUUUGAUCAUCAUUGCCCUUAUGUUGGCCAAUGCAUUGGAAAGCGGAACUAUCGUUCUUUCUUUCUCUUUGUUUCUUCCUCGGCACUUCUCUGUAUCUUCAUCUUUUCAAUGUCAGCUUUGUACAUGAAAUUUCUCGUGGAUGAACAUGGAACUGUUUGGAUGGCCAUGAAAGAAUCACCAGCAUCAGUGGUAUUGAUGGUGUAUUCUUUUGUUUUGCUGUGGUUUGUUGGAGGUCUCACCGGCUUUCAUUUGUACCUAAUCGGUUCAAACCAGACAACAUACGAGAAUUUUCGUCACAGAGCAGAUAACAGGAACGUUUAUGACCGGGGAUGCUUGAACAAUUUUCUUGAAGUAUUUUGCACUAAAACAGAACCUUCGAGACACAAUUUUCAUGCGUAUGCAAAUGAAGAUAUGACGGAGCCUUCAAGGGGAUCGACUCAUGCAGCACAUAAAAGAAAUUCCAAUGAGGGCAGACGAGCUAAGGUAGAAGAAGAUCUUGAGAUAGGCAACGAUCUUCUUAAGGUAUCUCAACGGCGUGAAUCAGAAGAAGUGAGCGAUAUUCCAAUCAGAGGACAAGAUACACCACCGCAGAAGUUGUCUGAGGCCGACUUUGGAUUGGGUUUGGAACCACAGGUAUCCUCAUUCAGAUAUGAGGAUUACUCUAGUAGCUUGGAUAGAAGGAACGAGAGAAUGAGAGUUUAAAUCGAAAACUGAUUCAAAAUAUACAAGUUCUUCUUAAGCUACACUUUUUGUUGGAGUGCCAAGUAGAAUGCACAGUUGGAGGAUUCUUGCGAUGGAUUUCUUCCGUUUUCUUUUGGCUUCCCGUUACGGCAUAUUCGAUCAAGAAGAUAGGACAAUACUUGAUAGUAUUAAUGAAGAAAAGAAGUUAAAAUCUUAUUUAUUUAUUGUAGUGAUUAGUCAUGUUUAACUUUGUGUAUCGAAUAGUGUUUCCAUUUCAAAGGCAUUCGAGUCGUGUUAGGGAUG